CUUUGCCCCACAGCUGAUGCUGACGAAAGCGAAGCGGCACGACGCUCAAUACGUGUUCUGCGCUAGCUAUACCGGAGACGAGAAUGGACGGCGCUAACAACGGCCAGCUCGCCGAAGACGAGCAAGACAGGGUGCAGAAAGCGGUCGGAAUGGAGCCCAAGAGUACAGUCGAAGGAUGUGACAACGAUGACGACGAUAUGUGGGCUCAGGAACUCGAGAGAGAGCUCGCCCUUGACGUGCACGUAAAGAAGCGCGGCAUGAUUCCCUUCCACUUGCCGCAUGAAGUCCUCAUGGUACUUAUGAGCAUGGUGUCCGUGGGACGCGUGUGCCGUUCUUGGAGUUUAGCCGCCGCGGAAGUCACGCGCAGCAAGUACCGCAAUAUCUUUGAAGGACUCUUUCUCGAGCUUCUCGCCGAUGACGCCACUGGCGCGAUCGCACUCGCCCGGACGGUGGAGGAUGCGUUGCACGCGUUCUACGGUCUUGACCACGGCUGCUUUGUUCCGAAGGCCUACAAGGAGAAGGCACGCAUGCUCAAAUUCAACCUCCGGGAUCCGAAGAACGCACUGCUCCGCACGCGCCUCUUCCAGGGUGAUCUCAGCGUCGACGCGCUAGUCCGCAUGCGGUCCAGCGACAUGGCCAAUCCGCUCUUGGUCCAACAACGCAAGGAAUGGAUCAAAAAACGAACGCGCGAGGUCACACGGAACAUGCGCGACCUCUCUGGCUUUAUGUACUCGACGGACCUCUUCAACUGCCCGUCAUGCGGCAGCAACGAGACGCAACACAGCCAGGGCCGGCGUAAAGCCAUGGCCGACCGCGUCUGCAUCGUCGUCAUCUGCUGUAAAUGUCCGUACCGGUGGCAAGUUUAGUCGUAACCAUCAAGUACACUAGGAACUAAGGGUGCGUUCGGUUCACCGCGUACAAGUACUUUCAAAGCACAUAUCGCAAAUCCGCAUAACUUCGAUUGCAAGG